AUGUUCACUUCGAUUUUGCUCUUCUUACUCCUGAACAUUCUACUUCAUGUGGCAACUUUCAUUCAUCCCAGGUGCUUUUGGACAAUGAAGCAGAGUGAAGACAAGGAUGGAAUAUUUGAGUCAUGUGCCUUCAUACUUGGUGUAGUGCAUGGGUCAGUGGAGAUAAUGGAUUUGAUACAACCUUUCAAAGAACGAGGAGGAAAUGACAACAAUCAGUUUGCACUGGCCUUAGCUUUUUCAGUGGAUGAAGUCAACAGGAACCCUUAUCUUCUACCAAAUAUGUCUUUAAUAUUUGGAUUUCUAGAAGGUGGUUGUAACAUCAUGUCACAAACAUACAAUAUCAUUGAAUCUUCUGUAAAUCUUCAUUAUAAUGUGCCUAAUUAUAACUGUAUUGAAAUGACCAUGUGUUCAGUGGUGCUUUCAGGACCUAGCUGGGAAGAAUCUUUAGUAGUUGGGAAAGCAAUGGACCUCUACAAUUAUCAGCAGAUUGUUCAACUUACUUUUGGACCCUUCCAUCCUAUCUUGAGUGAUGAGGAACAAUUUCCUUAUUUGUAUCAGAUGGCCCCUAAGGACACAUCUCUAGCCCUGGCCAUGAUCUCCCUCAUACUUCACUUCAGCUGGAACUGGAUUGGGCUGGCCAUCCCAGACAAUGAUCAUGGUAUCCAGUUUCUCUCAUAUUUGAGAAGAGAGAUGGAAGAAAAUAUAAUCUGCUUUGCCUUUGUGAACAUGAUUUCAGUCAACAUGCACUUAUACAUGUCAAGAGCUGAAGUGUAUUAUAGACAAAUCAUGACAUCAUCCUCAAAUGUUGUUAUCAUUUAUGGUUAUACAGACAGCACUCUAGCUUUGAGCUAUAGAAUGUGGGAAUCUCUAGGUAUACAGAAAAUAUGGGUCACCACCUCACAGUGGGAUGUCAUUACAAGUAUGAGAGACUUAACACUUGACUCAUCUCAAAAGACUCUAACUUUUGCACACCAUCAUGCUGAGAUUUCUGGAUUUAAAAAUUUCCUCCAUACCUUGAGCCCUCUCACUCCAAAUGAAUAUCUGGCAAGUCUGGACUGGAUGAACUUUAACUGUGAAGUCUCAGCUUCUAAUUGUAAGACACUGAAGAAUUGCUCAUCCAAUGCCUCACUGGAAUGGCUAAUAUUGCACACUUUUGACAUGACUUUUAGUGAUGAGAAUUAUGAUAUAUAUGAUGCAGUGCAUAUCGUGGCUCAUUUCUACAAGGAGAAUCUUCUUCAGACAAUGGAUAAUGUGAAAGAAUAUCAAUUUAAUUGCUUAGAGCUGCACUCCAUUCUUAGGAAGACCAACUUCACCUAUACUGCUGGGGACAAAGUGAAUAUGAAACAGAAAGAAAAACUGCAGGCAGAGUAUGACAUUUUCCAGAUUUGGAAUUUCCCAAAUGGUCUUGGACUUAAGGUGAAGAUUGGAAAGUUUAGCCCAUAUUUUCCACAUGGUCAACAGCUCGAUUUAUAUGAAGACAUUAUAGAGUGGGCCACAGGAAGUAGAGAGAUGCUGCCCUCUGUGUGCAGUGAUGACUGUGGUCCUGGAUUCAGAAAAUUCUGGCAGGAGGGAAUGACAGUCUGCUGUUUUGAUUGUAACUCCUGCCCAGAAAAUGAAGUUUCUAAUGAGACAAAUGUGGAUCAGUGUAUGAAAUGUCCAGAGGAGCAGUAUGCCAAUGCAGAGCAGAAUCAGUGCAUUCCCAAAUCUGUGGUGUUUCUGACCUAUGAAGACCCCUUGGGGAUGGCUUUGACUUUAAUGGCCUUGUCGUUCACUGCAAUCACAGCUCUUGUUCUUGGGAUUUUUGUGAGGUAUCAUGACACCCCCAUUGUGAAGGCCAAUAACCGCAGUCUCAGCUACACCUUGCUCAUCUCACUCCUCUUUUGUUUCCUGUGUCCCUUGCUCUUUAUUGGUCAUCCCAAUGCAGCUACAUGCAUCCUGCAACAACUCACAUUUGGAGUUGUAUUCACAGUGGCUGUUUCCACGGUGUUGGCCAAAACGGUUACUGUUGUUCUGGCUUUCAAAGUCACAGCCCCUGGAAGAAAGUUGAGGUUCUGCCUGACUUCAGGGGCACCCAACUAUCUCAUUGCCAUCUGUACCCUCAUCCAAACUAUUCUGUGUGCAAUCUGGCUGGGAGUUUCUCCUCCAUCUGUUGACAUUGAUGCAUAUACUGAGCAUGGCCACAUCAUCAUUGUGUGUGACAAGGGCUCAGUUACUGCAUUCUACUGUGUCUUGGGAUACCAUGGCUCCCUUGCCUUUGGGAGCUUCAUUGUGGCUUUCUUGGCCAGGAAUCUCCCUGACAAAUUCAAUGAAGCCAAAUUGCUGACCUUCAGCAUGCUGUUGUUCUGCAGUGUCUGGGUCACCUUUGUCCCUGUCUACCACAGCACCAAGGGCAAGGUCAUGGUUGCUGUGGAGGUCUUUUCCAUCCUGGCCUCCAGUGUUGGCCUGCUGGGAUGCAUCUUUUUCCCCAAGUGCUACAUAAUUUUGUUCAGACCAGAGAGAAAUUCUCUCCAAAAGAUAAAGUAG